AUGCGGAACCGCGGCCCCGGCCGGUGGAAGGACCGGGAGUGGCGCUGGGGCAACGUGAUAUUGCCGCUGCACCUGCCGGAUCCCAAGGAGGUGCCGCCCCCCGAGCAGAAGCCCCUCGGCGAGGUGGCGCUGCUGUGCAUCAACCAGAUGGCAGCGAAGAACUCGCUUCCGAAGCUGUCGGAGAGCAUCGCGGAGCUGCAGAAGGAAGGCCAGCUGGCCGAUUCCGACGCCGGGUGCGUCACGGAGCAGAGAUUCCGUGAGGUCUUGAAGGAUGCGCUCACCCAGGUGUGCACGCCCGAGGAUCGGAGAAGUCCUGAUCCUUGCGCCCGGGGCGCCGCGCGGAGCGAGCUCUUCAGCCAUGGCUUCUCGAGGCUCGAGGUCCUGUUCUGCCUGGUCCUGUUCCGCCCGGUCCUGUUCCGCCCGGUCCUGUUCCGCCGGUCCUGCUCCGCUGGGCCUGUUCCGCCCGGCGCGUACCGGGCGGGCACCGAGGCGACCCACCUGCCCGUCACGAGGUGCCCACGAGGGGUCGAGGCCGCGCGCGCCGAGGCCCCCGCCGCGCCGCCGCCUGGGGGCCCGCCGGAGGACGAGCUCCCCCCGAAGCGGCUGCGUCUGCUGCGCCGGACCACCGACGAGGCGCAGGACAUCGCCGAGAGGGAGCGCAACCCACUGGAGGACAUACUCGGCGUUCAGGGCGCCCGCGAGUACCUCGAAGCGACGAAGGACCUGAAGCGGCCAGGCAUGGUGGGCGCGCAGCCCGAGCCAGACGACCCUCAACGUGAGUUGUUACGCGUUUGGGAGUUGAAGAUGAAGGAGCUCGUGGCCCGAGGCACCGGGCAGGAGGACUUCGUCGUGGUGCAGGUGAUGGAGCGCGCCCGGCGAGGCCUGCCCUGGGGCCGAGGGCUGCCGGUGCUGAGCCUCGAGGAGGCGAACGCCCUGCUGCUCCGCUGCGGUGCUGGAGAUGCCCUCGCUCGCGAGGAUGAUCGCCGGAUGGCCGUCCAGGUCAUGCCCAACACGGCGUCCGUGUUAGAGGCUGCGCUCGGCAAACCCCCGGCGCCGCCCCUGCCGCCGCAGAAGAGGGCGGCGGCGGCGGCGGGCUCCAAGGUGGCGGCCGCGCCGCCCGCGCCGGCGCUCAGCCUGAAGGGGCCCCUCACGGCGUCGCUCAUGGGCGAGGACGACGAGGUCCCCUUCGCCGAGCUCGCCAGGAGGCAGCAGCGCGGGGCGAAGUGA